GGCCAUCGCUGAACAGCGCUGGCAUGCAUGAGGGGAAAUCCGGUACUUUGKUACGAAGUUUUGGGACAAUGUYGACAACAGAAAAAACCGACAUGUUCACAUUUAAGGCACGAAUCCAGCGUGUCUUAAAGAAGGGUGCGCCAGGUGCUGAGUAUGUCCUCAAAGACGAAAGCUCAAGCACUGCAUCUUGCUGGAAACGGUUUGGGCAUGUAUGCAAGCAAGACGGGUCGCCUGUGUGGGAGCACAACACAGGUUAUGUGGCAUGUAGGCACUGCUACUGCCCCUAUGCGUAUACAACAUCGAAUGGGACAAGUUCGUUGAACAGCCAUAAAUGUCCUCUUGAGAACAGGGAGGCUGGGUCUUUGCGGUGUUUUGUGGGCAAUAUUGAACCUACUGCUGCACAGAAGAAAAAUCUGGCAAAGGCAGCAGCGUUGAUGUAUUGUGAGGACCUUCGUCCAUUUUCCAUAUUUUCUGACGCAGGUUUUAUAAAAGUUACACAAGUUAUUUUGGAUGUUGGAAUUAACAUUGGCAAAGGCAUGCGAGCGGAAAGUCUGGUGCCUGCGCCGAACACAGUGAAGCAGCAGAUAUUGUUGACUGCUGAAUCUCUUCGAAAAAUAGUGAGUGAAAGAGUAAAAGAGCACUUCGAGGAGGGAAUAUGUGCUGGGUUCACAAUUGACAUGUGGACAGAUGCAAUGAGGAAAAACUCAUUUGUGUCUGUCACAAUUCAUUACAUUGAUAAUUGUUUCAAGCUGCACAAUAGAACCUUACAGGUGAAGGCAUUUUACGAUGAGGCGCACACUGCACCUCUCAUUUUGAAGGCAUUUCGAGAAUGUCUCGAAGCGUACGGAUGCACUGAUCCGGAACUGUGUUUUGUGUGCUCGGAMAGUGGGUCAAACAUGUGUGGAGCAGAGRGCAUUCRGAGUGUGUACCGGAUGCUCYCGUGCGCAGAUCACAAAAUCGCAACCAUCUUGACCACAGUCUUGAACAAAACCACAACGGUGAGCAAUAAGGUUGUGGACAGCAGUGGAAAAGAAACCACCAUCCCUCCAGACUCUGCGGGCAUAAGGGGAAUCAAGAAGCUUGUGAAAGAGGUAUUGAGGGAGAAAUGGGAGCUUGAGGACGUGCACGUUCAGGCUGCACUUUUGGACCCGAGGCAGAAAGAUCGCUUAGACUUGUUUGAGGUUCCUGUUGCUCAAAUAAAAAGAGCACAAAGUGGCAUGAGAAGGAUGAUGCUCACUGUCGGUGCAAGAGUGGAAGGAGAGGUGAGUAAGGAAGGUUUCAGAGAAGUUGUAUCAGAAAAAGAACGUUCUCCACGACCAUUGAAAAAACGAAAGGUGGAUGAGACGAAACCGCGUACUGGAUUGUGCAGCUCUGAUGAAGAAGAUGAAGACAUAGAUGCAGCUGCGGGCAAUGCGUCAUUGACUAGUGAAGAGCAGAUACAGAAGGAGCUCGAUUAUUAGUGGAGCCUAAAGUUGACAAAGGAUGAGAAGCGAUCAUUCGAGAUUUUGGCUUGGUGGAAGGCAAAAGGGGUUGCAGUAAAGACUGCUGAACAAC